AACGGUGCGUUUGGCUGCUUAGGUUGUAGAGCUUUUCAGCCACUGGAAAUGGUGCUCUGAGACUGUGUUCUCUGUUCUUUCUUUACAUUUCCACACGCAUCUCUCUACCAAUUUCCAACUCUCCCAAACUGCAACCAUGACCGACUAUACUCAAGAACAGGAGAUGGAGAUCGAAGCAUUAGAAGCUAUACUUAUGGAUGAAUUCAAAGAAAUACACUCCGGUGAAAGUGGCCUAAGUACUUCUAACCGCUGCUUCCAAAUUACGGUCUCUGCCCAGGAUGAUGAUAGUGAUGGAUCAUUUAACAAUCCAGCUCAACUGGCUUUGAUCUUCUCACAUACAGAAAAGUAUCCUGAUGAACCUCCUCUUCUGAAUGUGAAAAGUUUACAAGGAAUAAAUACUGAAGAUUUAAAGAAUUUGAAAGAGAAACUUAUACAAGAGGCAUCUGAAAAUCUGGGAAUGGCUAUGAUCUACACUCUGGUUACCUCAGCUAAAGAGUGGUUGGCUGAGAAGUUUCAAGACACUGAAGCUGCAGAGGCUGAAGCAGAAGAGGCAGCCAAGGAUGAUGUAGUGGUACCCCAUGGGGAACCAGUUACCCUUGAGACAUUUUUGGCAUGGAGAGAAAGGUUUGAAGCUGAACUGGCGCUGGAGCGAGCCAAGUUAAUGCCAGAGUCUGCACUUACAGCUCCCAAGGAAAAGAAGCUCAGUGGUAGACAGUGGUUUGAAAGUGGAAGAGCGAAAGGUGCAGUGGCUGUCAAUGAGGAAUCUGAAGAGGAGGAUGAGGAAGAUAUUGAUUUUGAUGAUGACGAUUUUGAAGUUGAUGAAGAGGAUAUGCUUGAACAUUACCUGGCCGAAAAAUCUGAUUCAUCCACACAUUCUUCCAAGAGAGCUAGUUAAACUGUGUGCACAGCACUAUCAGGCAUUGUUUUACAGUUCAACUUGCCGACUUUGGGGAUUUUCUACCAUCCUUGUUGGAUACAAGAGUAUUUGGUUCAAUGAUAUUAUUCAGGGGAAAAUGAGUAUUCAUCACAAAAUGUUAGAUGUGUGACAUUUCCUCUCACUAAAAGCAGAUCUCAAUCUGAUAAAUCAUUUUUGUUCGUAGUUGUCACCCUUGAAUUUUUAUAAAAGCAUUAGUAGCUGAUGAAUGCACAAACAUUCAACUCAUCAAUUUGAAGUAAAAGAAAUUGGAUGCAUUUGGUUCAUUGUGAAUGUGUGUAUCAAUGUAAAAAUGAUUCUGUUAAGAAACUUACGAAUCCGUGUUUGCUCUUUUUGUUUA